AUGGGUGAGAAACCUGAUGAACAGGGUAUCCACCAGUGGCUCGAUGCAGAACAAUUUCCGGAGCAUCUAAAGAAAUAUUGGUUCCAACGCUUCAAGAUAUGGCAAAGAUAUCAUGAAGGCAUCUGGAUGACUGAGGAUUCUUGGUUUGGUGUAACUCCUGAACCCAUUGCGAAUAAGAUCGCUACACAUAUCGCGGAAUCUGCCCCAAAAGACAAGACUGUCAUCAUCGAUGCUUUCGCAGGUGUGGGCGGGAAUGCCAUUGCGUUUGCGCGUUCGGGGCGAUGGGAACAGGUCUUCGCCGUAGAGAAGGAUCCGAAGACGAUGAAAUGCGCGAAGCAUAACGCAGAGAUAUAUGGCGUCGACAAGAAGAUAGUGUUCCACACAGGGGAUUGCUUCGAUAUUAUCAAGAGAUUUAUGGGCAAGAACAACAUUGUCAUCUUCGGUAGCCCGCCAUGGGGAGGCACGGAAUAUAACGCAGACAAUGUUUUCGACCUUUCCACGAUGCAGCCGUACAGUCUUGACACACUCUGCAAGAAGUUUUCCAAGCUCAGCAAGCAUAUUGUGCUGUACCUUCCACGCAACUCGGAUCUAAAUCAGAUUGCGCGGUACGCUUCGGAAGGCAAGAAAGUGGAAGUCGCACACUACUGCAUCUUGGGGGCCAGCAAAGCAUUGUGUGUUUAUCUUGGUGACUUCAACUUUGAAGGUGAGGCAGAAGAGGAGGGCGUUGUAUCCGCUCCGUUGGAAGGCCAGUCAGCUUGA